AUGGGGUUUGGAUUCUGCAAGCAUUGCCUGCAAGGGAAGCAAAAUCGGGUAUCUUUUGAUUCCAUAAGAGGAAGAGCUGAGGGGAUUCUGGACCUGAUACACAGCGACGUGUUUGGCCCCACACCUGUAGCAUCACAUAGAAAAUCAAGCAAGGAUGAAGUGUUCGCUAAAUUCCGCGAGUUCAAGGCUUUGGUGGAAAAUCAGUUUGAUCGAAAAAUCAAGCUGCGGUCACUACCUCAAGGAAGCAUCACCAACUGGGAUGAUUUGGCUACAAAGUUCCUGGCCAGAUUCUUCUCCGCCUCAAAGACGGAAAGGCUCAAAGCAGAAAUCACUGCUUUUGAACAAAAAGAAAGUGAAUCCUUGUACGAGGCAUGGGAAAGAUUCAAAGGAUUGCUCAGGAAGUGUCCACAACAUGGCAUGGAAGCUUGGGAGAAGGGACGUACCUUCUUCCAAGGAAUGACGUCGAGCACAAGAACCUUGGUGAAUGCUGCAGCAAGAGGAUCUCUGAAAACAAAAACUCCUGAGGAAGCGCUAAAAUUGCUGGAAUCUCUAGCUUCUCAGGAGUUCGAUAAUGCUCCAGUCCCAAGCAAGAGAGCAGGGAUCAUGAAGCGUGACGGCUAUGAUGCGCUGUUGGCCCAGAAUGAACAGAUACUGCAAAUAAAUAAGAAACAACAAGCACAAUUAGAUGCUCUCACAAAGCAAAUUGCUAAUUCUCAAGUCUCUUCUGUUAAUAAUCCUCAAAUUACUUGUGGUAUAUGUGCAGGUACUCAUGCUACUGAAGAUUGCGACUUCAUGAGAGCACCUGAAAAUGCUGAAGUAAACAGACUCUGGUAUGACCAGAAGAAUCAGAAUCAACAUCCAGGGUUGAGUUACAAAUCCAACCAUCAGCUCAAUCCUCCCAUUUCAGUGCAACCACGUACCCCACAACAAAGUAACACUUCUGAGUGGGAGAAAGUUGUUGCACUGCUAUGCAAGACCACUUCUGAUUAUAUUCAAGGUGCAAAUGCUUUCAGAGAGGACAUAUCUGCUUUCAUGCAAGAGACUACAGCAGCACACCGGAAUCAAGAAGCUUCCAUAAGAAAUCUGGAAAUUCAGAUUGUUGUCAAUCCAAGGGAGCAUUGCAAUGUUAUCACCACUAGGAGUGGGACAGUGAUUCAGCCUAUAGAGGAGCAACCUGAAGAAAAGAAGAGAAAUGUGGAGGCAUCAGUUGAAGAACAGAAUAAAGAAAAGGCACAUGAGACUAUUGAAGUUGACAAGAGCAUUCCUGAAAAAGUUAAAAAGAAACUAUUCAAGUGGGAGAAGAAGAAAGCUUUAGAAAGGCAAGACAAGCCUUUGGAUCUCUCCCCAUAUGCUCGAAUUCCCUAUCCUCAAAGAUUAAAGAAAGAGAUUCAGAAGCAGAAGAUGAAGAAGCUGGGGAUUACUGAAGUGAAGCCCACAAAGACGAUAGUGCAAUUGGCUGACUGCUCUUCAAAGCAAGCUUAUGGCAUCAUUAAGGACAUAUUGGUAAAGGUAGACAAAUUCAUCAUUCCUGUUGAUUUUGUCAUCCUUGACAUUGAAGAAGAUGCCACAAUUCUUAUGAUUUUUGGAAGACCCUUCUUGGCAACUUCAGGAGCACUGAUUGAUGUACUUAAAGGCGAGUUGAUCUUACGGGUAGACGGAGAGCAAGCAAUUUUCAAAUUCUUUGACAAAGAAUUCCCCUCAUUCGUAGCUCAAUUGGAAGAUCAAGUCUACUAUAUUGGUGAAAGGAAAGAUUUAAAUCUGUUGCUGAGGACAGCAACAUUUAAAUCUGGGAAUGGGGAACGCGCGAUUCAUCUAAGCACAAUUGAGUAA